AUGGCAAUCAAAUCCUACAUUGGCGCGCUGCUGCUGCUGCUGCUGUCUUUUUCUUCUACCAUCAACGCCCAGGUCUUUCAAGUCGAGAAUUACAGUGCAAAGGGCGGUGGCAUUCCUGACAUAACCCAGUCAUUGCUAGGUGCAUGGAAAAAGGCGUGCGCAUCCACUACUCGUGCUAAAGUGUUUAUCGCGGGAGGGACUUUUGCACUGUCGGAGGUGGUUCUAGAAGGCCCCUGCAAGGCUCACGUGGAGUUCGAGAUCCGUGGUAGGCUGCAGGCCCCGGCGGACCCAAGCCGUUUCAAGACCGACGGUUGGGUCGUGUUCCAACGCAUUGACGGCCUCACCGUGUCGGGCGGCGGGACCUUUGACGGCCAGGGCAAGAUAGCCUGGGGGCAGAACGACUGUGACAAGAACACGAACUGCCGUACUCUCCCCACCAAUUUGAGGUUCAACUUCGUCAGCAAUGCCAUAAUCCAUAACGUAACGACGCUCGACAGCAAGAAUUUCCACGUAAACGUCUUGGGCGCCAAGAACCUGACGUUCAAAAAUUUCCACGUGAAUGCGCCGGGCGACAGCGUCAACACGGACGGGAUCCACAUUGGACGGUCGCUCGGGGUCAACAUCCUCCACACCAACAUCAAGACCGGGGACGACUGUGUCUCCCUUGGUGACGGGAGCCGGCAGAUCACUGUCAGGGGGGUGACCUGCGGUCCGGGCCACGGCAUCAGCGUUGGCAGCCUCGGGAAGUACGACAAUGAAGAGCCCGUGUCAGGUGUCUUUGUCACGAACUGCACCAUCACCGGCGCGACCAACGGCGCGAGGAUCAAAACGUGGCUCGCAUCAAAGAUCGGCAUAGCCACCGACAUGCAUUUCCAGGACGUCCAGAUGAACGAUGUUGCCAACCCUGUGCUCAUAGACCAGGGAUACUGCCCAUUCAACCAGUGCCAAGCACAGAUUCCUUCCCUUGUUAAGAUCAGCAACGUCAGCUUCAAGAGAAUCAGGGGAACCUCUUCGACCAAGGUCGCAGUGAAGAUCGCCUGCAGCAAGCGCAUUCCUUGCGAGGGCGUCGAGAUCGCGGACAUUAACCUUGUGUAUAAAGGCCCUGAUGGCCCCGCCACGUCGGAGUGUUCCAACGUCAGGCCUUUGAUCUCCGGCAUGCAAAACCCUCUGGCUUGUGCCGAGAUUGUCAAGAUCUCAGAUGUGAGCUUUAGGGACAUCCGAGGAACGUCUGCAACACCACUUGCUGAGAAGCUUGGUUGCGGAAGAGGAGUGCCUUGCCAGAAACUAGAGCUUGCUGAUAUUAACUUGAGGUAUAAUGGGAGGAACGGGGCCUCCACGUCGCAGCCCGCGAACAUGAAGCCGACGAUCACUGGGAAAUCGUCCCUGCCCAUCUGUGCGGGGUCUUAA